AUGGCGGCGGUUGCCAUCAUGUACUUCGUUUUCCGCCCUCAGAUUCCGAUGUACGGCAUUGACAGUCUCCAAGUGAAGGCUUUCGAAAUGCGAAACGACAGCAAAGUUUACACUGAAAUGGCGGUGGUUGUGAGGUGCGAGAAUCCGAACAAGAAGAUUGGAUUCAAGUAUGGAGAAGAUAACUCGGUGAGCAUAAUCUAUUCGGAUGCGGAGCUUUGCGCGGGAAAGUUUGAACCUUUCUUGCAGGCGGCGAAGAACACGGUGAUGAUUAAUAUGACGCUGAAGGGGGAAAGGAAAUUGGAUUCGAAAGAGAAAGAGCAGUUUAUGGCGCAACAGAAGGAAGGGAAGAUUCCUUUGGUGGUGAUUUCGAAGAUUCCUGUAACCCCUGUGAUUGGUGAGCAUUUUCAUCAGUUAUGGAAUGUUAGUGUUCGUGCUAAUUGUUCAAUGGUUGUUGAUAAUAUCCAGAAAGAUAAAACGCCUAAUAUCUCUCACAAAGAAUGUAGCUUUCGUGCUCAUUUCUGGAAUUAA